AUGGCGGCGUCACCUGAAAAGCAGGCCCUGGAGACCCGGAUAAAGGGGCGGCAGUCCGAUGACGUCAGGCCCUGGUCCCAGCUCCCCACAGAUGACAGUGCCCACUUUCGGAAACGGGGCUCACUACUCUGGAAUCAGCAGGAUGGCACCUUGUCCUUAUCACAACGGCAGCUCAGCGAGGAGGAGCGGGGCCGACUUCGGGAUGUGGCAGCCCUCAAUGGCCUGUACCGGGUGCGGGUCCCGAGGCAGCCAGGGGUCCCUGAUGGGUCAGAAGCUGGCGGCUAUGUCUCUUCCUUUGUCCCUGCGUGCUCCCUGGUGGAGUCACACCUCUCAGACCAGCUGACCCUGCACGUGGAUGUGGCUGGCAAUGUGGUGGGUGUAUCAGUGGUGACACACCCUGGGGGGUGCCGAGGCCAUGAGGUGGAGGAUGUGGACCUGGAGCUGUUUAAUACAUCUGUGCAGCUGCGGCCCCCAGGCACAGCCCCAGGUCCAGAAACAGCAGCCUUCAUUGAGCGCCUAGAGAUGGAGCAGGCCCAGAAGGCCAAGAACCCCCAGGAGCAGAAGUCCUUUUUUGCCAAAUAUUGGAUGUACAUCAUUCCUGUUGUCCUGUUCCUCAUGAUGUCAGGAGCACCAGACGCCGGGGGCCAGAGUGGCGGUGGGAGUGGGGGUGGCAGCGGGGGUAGUGGCCGGUAAGCAGCACACACCCUCUUUACCCAAGGACUUCCUUUACCCAUUCUCCCAUGUUCUUGGUCAUCCCAAGAAGGACUUGCUGGCCCCCUCCUGUCUCCUCAUCCCAUGGAGGUAGAAAGAUGCCCCCUCUCUAGGGGUCCUGUAGGCUGCCCGGGGAGCCCAUAUUCUCUGGGGGCCUCUCUGUUCUUUUUAGCAGAGGGGUGGCAAACUAGAGUGCAUCUGCUGUGCCCCCUUUCCCAUGACCCCACCUCAGCCUCAUGGGCUCCCCUUAAACCACAGGCUGGAGUCCAAGCGCUGGGAAUUGUGUCACUGCACCCCAUGGCCCACCCCACCCCAGCCCUGCAGUCUGGGAACAUGCCACGUCCUCUCCAGCCUCUGUGCCUUUGUUCUGGGUGUUCUUGCCCUGCCUGGCCUGGACUAGGUUCCCAGGGCACCUCCUCACUUGGUGUGUGUCUCUGGCCUUCCACAGUCUCCCCUCUGAGGAUGUGGUUGGGAGUGGCUGGCCGUGGGUGCCCUUGGGUUCCACUUGCAGCACCCCCCGUCACCCUGCCUGGCUGUGGGGGAAGCACUGGGCCUUCUGGACGCCAGGCCUCUACUAGCCUUCUGGGUGUGAAGAGUGGUGGUGUUUAAUCAGGAAAUGACAAUGGAGUCAGGGCCAAGUGAUAUGAAUAGAAUCCCCUCCUCAGUCUUACCUGGGUCACCUUACCCAGGGUGCAGCACCUGGACAGGCUGCUGGGCCUCUGCUGUUUGUUGCCCCUUGUCUGUUGAAAAACGUUUGCAUUAUAUUGAAGGUUCCAGCUUUCAACAGCCAAGUGUGGCUUGAGUUCUGCUGUUCACUUAUAUUUAUUCAGAAAUAAGAAAAUGGCCAUCGUUGUCAUUAUAAUGUUAUAAUUGCUAUGAAGCAUUCAGUUGUCGUAUGGCAGUUGAUUAAACUUCCCCAAAUGUCCAACAUGUAGCUCCCUUUCUGCUUUAGUGGUCAUUAAUGGCCCUGCAGGGGGCCUGCAGUUGUGACUUGCCUAGCACAUGGGAGACGCUGUUUGAUUCUCAGCAACACAUAAGAACAAAUAAAAAUAAAGGUGUCGUGUCCAACUACAACUAAAAAAACAUUAAAAAAAAAAACCAUAACCCUACAGGGAGUGUUAUCCAGUCCCUCUGGUGUGCAUUUGGGUGGUUUCCUUGGGUCAUGAGGCAGAAUGGAAUUGCUGUGGCAGAUGAAAAGCACCUUCGUGAGGCUUGUCACUGCGGCAUGAGGGCCGCACAGUUCAGUCUCUUUCCCUCCCAGCAGAUGUGAAGGCCUAGCAUCUUCCUUUAACAAAAGAAUUAAGGAUGUUGUCCUGCACGUCCUGCUUUGUCCCAAGGUGUUUCCUUGCCCUACCAGAAGGAUGUACUGGGACCAUUCAACCCCUCCUGUCCCAGCUCCACACACGUAGGCCUAACUCAGGUGAGGUCCCAGGCUGGCCCACAGGCCGCCAGCCUUAUCCCACAUCCUUGCCAGCAGACUUCUCAAACCUGGGCCAGUCUGAUAGAUUAGAAAAUGGUAUCACACAGCCUAGCAUGGAGGUGCAUGCCUAUAAUCCUGGCUGCUUGGGAGGCUGAGGUGGGAGGAUCACAAGUUCCAGGCCAGCCUCAGCAACUUAGCCAGGCCCUACGUCAAAAACCAAAACGGCAUGUGUUGCUCCAACCCUGUGCUUCCAAAAACAGAACAGAGUGUGCGCAAGCCCAGCAAAGGGCUCUGGAGAACUCCAGCCAGCUCAUAGGUGGCACGCACUUGCGGUUUGAGUUGCUCUUAGAGCUCAUCUGGUACUUCAGUCCAACUGAGAGGCGGCUUAUGUGUGCAUGUUCUCACUGGGGCCUGCCCUUCACCUCCUCACUCCUUCCCAGCACUCCAGUGGCUCACACCCCUCCCCUGUGCACUUUGGCAUAAGGCCUGAGAGUUCCCAGGCAUUGGCCAGUUUACAUACUCUGUAUUUACAAAGGGUCUGCUGUGUCACAUGCCUGUCAGCCAUGGGGUUACCUUUUUUAAAUGUUUUUGUAGCUGUACUUCAAAAAAUGUCCCAGGGUUCCUCUGACUUCCACAUCUUUCCCUGAUGGUGAGAGACUGUGAUGCCAUCACGCUCUGUUAGGUCUGUUCCACGUGGAUUUCUGUCUCUCAGAUUACCCCAGCAGUAUUUACUGAUGCUUUUUGGGAAUCUGUUCACUACUCAGUUCUUAACCUUGAUCAAAUUUGCACAUCCCUCUUCCCACAGCAGUUUGCAUGGCCAUCUGGUUUUUAAUGGAUUAGGCUUUGGGAUCUUUAUAUAUCUGAUCACAUUCUUUUCCUCCAAUACUUUUGCUUGCUCUCAGUUGGCACUUACUCUGGUAUUCUAGAAGAUGUCUGAGUUUCUUCAAGGUCCCCAGGACUCUGUCCUUAUUAAAUUUCUCUUACCAUU